AUGAGUCCAAAGAAAGGGACUCAAAGCGGUCGCGGUGAUGGGCUUGGCAAACCGCCGCGCCCAGGCUUUGAGCGGCAGCUAAAAGAUCUCGGCGUCUUGCCCUUCACAUCCCACAUAAUCAACACAACCGCCGAAUCCAACGUCCACUUGCCAAAGUUCACAAAGUUUGACCCAACCACUUGUGAAGCUUACACUCACCUGAUUCACUUUCGUCAAACAAUUGAACAAUGCACCACAAAAGACAAAAUCAAAUGCAAGGCAUUCCCGUCCAGCCUUGGCUCCUUUGGACUCCAGUGGUUCAACAAAUUGCUCGCUGGAUCCAUAUGGAACUUGGUCGACCUUGAACGCGCCUUCAACACUCACUUUACCACAAGCAACAAGAUCGCUAAGGAGCCUGAGUCAUUAUCCCAAAUGAGGAAGCUCCCAUCUGAAACACUCAGACACAAGAUUCUGGACGAACUUGCUAUCCGCUCACCCCAUGGCAUGGGCGAGUUGAUGCGCAUCGUAGAGCAAUUCUGCGCUCUUGAAGAAUUUUACGCGGAUCGAGCGGCUCAGGGAAUACCGAACCCAACUACCCUACUUCCAACGAUCACGUCCCCGUUGCCAGCGCCAAUCAUAACCCAACAGUCCCAGCAAAAGAAACACGUCAACAACAUCAGGGAAGGAAAGAAAUGUCUGUCGAAGGUGCACGACUACGUGGCUGAAACCACGUACUUCAAAGAGCCCAUCUGGUCUUUCCUAAAAGGGAUAAUGAGGCAACCAUGGUUCGAGUGGCCAAAAGGGAAGCUCGGCACAGACACUGAGCGUUUGGCGGCCCAAGGCCAUCUCUACCAGUACAUUGAUCGAACCAAAACACCCACCCGUCAACCUGCCGGAAAUCCCAACCCAAAUGAGCCGCGGCCAACGAUACACGUUGUCCACGGCCACGUGACAAAGGAAUCUGAAACAAGACUUCGUGCUGACCUUGAUCGCACCUCCACUUCCAAACAGGUACUCGCGGUAGGACCUGGAUCCAAACGUCCACGUCCAGAAGAAUUGCCUAAGUGGACAAUAACUUUCACCGAGUGUGACCUCGAGCUUGUGCAAACCCCACACUCCGAUGCCCUCGUUCUGACUGUCCAAAUUGGAGUCCAUGAUGUCAAGCGCGUCCUCAUCGAUCAGGGAAGCUCGGCAGAGGUCAUGUACUAUGAUCUAUUAAAAAAACUUGAUCUACUAGAAUCGGCAUUGCAACACGCCGAAGUACCUCUCAUCGGAUUCAACGGAGCACCUGUUUGGCCACUCGGUCAAAUCUUCCUACCAGUCACUGUCGGCUUGAAAACAUUGAGCAUUGAAUUCAUUGUCAUCAACGUGCCAAGCCCAUAUAACGCAAUUCUCGACCGAACCUGGCUACACGGCAUGCAAGCAAUCGCUUCCACUUACCACCAGGUCGUCCGGUUCAUUGGCGCAAAUGGAAGAUAG